GUUCACAUGCCAAGGGCAUGUACUCUACGCCAGCUCAAAGAGAGGCUUGGAGAACAGCUACGCAUCGGAAAUGUGGAGGAUUUUGCAUGUUUCCAGAUGACCGAUGGCUUGCAAACCCACAGGCUCUUGCCUGAUGCCACUCAACUUGCCAUGCUGGAAGAGAAGUGGGCAAAGCUGAAAGCUGCUACAACUCGGGCUUCGCACCUCCUUUUCAAGCGCCGUUUCAUCAGUUUCGAUGAGACUUUGAAUCCUGGUGACCUGACGCAUGCGACGCUGACAUAUCGCCAGGUGGUUUGGGACUACUUGAACUACCCAGUGCCUGAGGCAGAGGAUACUGUAAAACACAUUGCUGCAGCUAUCCUGCAUCUGGAGUAUGACCACUUCAGACUGUACAUAGAGGCUCGUCGUUUGGACGAUCCCAGCAUUCUUCAACAGCUCGUUCCGCAGGUCUCGCUGCGAAACCGACAGUACCGCAUGUGGUCCACCAAGAUCCUUGAAGCAUUCGACGAGAUUUGCUCAAAACGUGAAGCUCUGGAGGCAUCCAGGCUGCUGAAAAUGAGUGCAGUCUUGGAGAGAGCCAAGAAGAUGCAGCUCUUUGGUGCACACUACUGGUUGGGCCGUCAAGUGGAAGGCGUACCACCGCACGAGGCUCCCAUCCCAGACGCUCCACAAAAAAACUGUGCCAUCAAUCGAAAGCAGAAAGGCGGUGAGUACUGGAUAUGCCUUGACUUAUUUGGAGUGCGCUUUGUCACUGCAGACAGCCAGCCCGGCCAGAGCUUCUCGCGGGGUUUUCUAUUCAACGAAGAGACCAUGGAAAGGAUAUACUGCUGUAAAGCCAAAGGCAAUAUUGUGCAGUUUAUGGUGAAGACUGUUGACCCAGACGAUCCGAAAAGUGGCCGGGUGGACCAAACCAUCACCAUGUCCUGCCCUGCAGCGGUGGACGUCUCUUUCUGUGCCUUCACCAUUCAGGAACUCUACUACUCCAGGGGUCAGGCCAACCGCUAA